CUCGUUGUCGUUCUCAACGAUCUACACUCGGUGCGUGACGCGUUCCUGAAACAGGGCAAUCUAACGUCGCUUCGGCCGACGACCUACCUUUUGCAUCUGUGCUUUGCUAGCAACAAGGGAGUCUACCACGGGAUCAUGGUAACAAACGGAAAACUCUGGAGAGAGCAGAGGAAGUUUGCUCAGAGUAAGCUACGUGAGUUUGGCAUGGGUAAAGUCAGCAUCGAGAAGAAAAUACAAGAGGAGGCGUCGGCCUGUAUUGCACACCUACGCGACACCGACGGGAAAACCUUCGACCCACGGACGCUUCUUACCGCCAGCAUCGUCAACGUCAUCGCUUCGGUCAUCUUCGGAAAGCGAUACGAACUCGAAGAUCCGGCAUUCGUUCAACUCAUUAGCAACGUAGAUGUCGUGGCCUUGGAGAUGAGACCGAAUUCUGUUCUACAUUUCUUCGACUGGCUGCGCCAUCUACCGCCGAUGAGACAAGGCGUUUCGAGGCUUAAAACUGCCCUGCGUAUCAUAUCAGCCGAGAUGCGUAGAAACAUCAUCAUACACAAACAGCGACACCAGGUGGCGCCGCUGUCUACGCCUGCAGAUUUUAUCGACGCGUACUUGGAUAGAGCAGCGCAGGACAGAGAUCGAGGUUACGCGGAUUCCACAUUUACAGAAUUUCAGCUGCUUAAAACGCUGCAAGAUCUACUGGCUGCGGGUUCGCACACAGUGAUAACGACUCUACGAUGGGGUUUGCUCUUCAUGCUGAAAUACCCACGCGUCAUGCACAAGGUGCAGGCUGAGAUCGAUGACGUCAUCGGACGAGGGCGUCUACCCUGCAUGGCGGAUGAAGACAAGAUGCCGUACACUGAGGCGACGAUUGCCGAGGUGCAGAGAGUAGGUGACGUCAUACCUAUAACACCGCAUGAAGUAUUGCAUGACAUGGAACAGGGAGGUUAUAGUAUUCCCGCCGGCACCAUGCUGAUCGCGAACCUCACCGCCAUCUUGAAUGACCCCAAGUAUUUUCCGGAACCGGAAAAGUUCUCUCCGGAGCGCCACCUGGACGAGAACGGACAUUUCGUCAGGCAUGAAGCUUCUAUUCCCUAUUGUAUAGGUACGCGCGUCUGUAUGGGAGAAUCUCUAGCUAGAAUGGAACUCUUCGUAUUCUUCACAAGCAUCCUACAGAAUUUCGCAAUCGAGCUACCAGAUGGCGUUACGGAGCCGUGCAUCGAUGGGGAUUUUGGGUUUGUCCACAUGGCAAAACCUUACGAGCUGCGGUGUGUCGCACGUGACUAAAUAACGCAGCACAUCACGUAACCGGUUCGAAUAAAUCUGGUGGGUAUACCAAAUCGCCGAUCUCAAGAACUAGGGCAUUCUGCUAGGCUAAAACGAUUUUCUACAAUAGAGUUUGCCACAAAUA